GUUUCUUCUCUUAAUUCUUCUACACACAAAUAAAGCUCAGGUAAGUUUUACCUUCACCUAAAGUAACGUUGAUCAGUCUACAAAAUGAAGUCUUCGAUUCUCUUAUUGGUCCUGGCCUGCUGUAUCAUUGCAACGUAUGCCUUGGAUUGUCCUUCGUGUGACAAAUCUGCCUGUCAACCUCACGGAAGAUGUGUUGCAGGAGUGGUUAAAGACGUUUGUGGCUGUUGUGACGUGUGUGCUAAGACAUUAGGCGAAGAAUGCGGAGGACCCGACGAUAUUUAUGGCAAAUGUGCGAGUUGGAUGGUGUGCGUCAGGCCAUUCCCUCCUCCUAAAGAUGUCGACUACAAAACUUGGCACAAAAGCCAGAAAGGAAAAUGCCGUCAUCUUAUUUAAUAAUUAAUUAUCUUCAAAUAAUUGUAAAUAUUGUUUAAAUAAAAGUGCAG